UGAGCCGGUAACCGAGCCAAACGCUCCGCCUGCAGCUCCGACUAAACUUUGACUCGGGUUUUCUUCUUCUUUGUCCUUUUCUCUGGUCCUGCCCGCUCGGCUCUGUUCGGUUCGGUCCGGCCCGGUCCGGUCUGCUGCGACUGAGGGAAGCGAGCGAACCCCGAAAGUUUGAGUGCGGGAGCAGAGAGGAGGGAUCCGGGGAGGGGAGCGGGAGCAGAGACUCCUGCUGCGGGGUCUUGAACUUGCAGAGCGGCUCCAAACAGCCGGAGAGCAGCGGCGGGGACGUCCGGGGCGCAGCUCGGCGUCCGAGCUCCUCUUCGGCGGGAGCAGCAGAGUCUCAAAGUGUCGAGCAGUUACAUAAAGAGGACAGAAAUCCUGAAUGAGAGCUCGGAGCGGGGACACAUCCGAGUUUGGUCUCCAGCAGAGAGCAGGACGCACAUGGACGGACUGGUUCGCGGUCCUGCUGCGGGUCUGAUCCGGUUCUGACUGAGUGAAAAUGAAACUUGAGGACAGUUUGUCCUCCUGGACACGGAUUUGGACCAAGUUGCCGCUUUCUAGAGACAACCCGUCGCCGUGAAGGUUCCCCCUCCUCAUAUAAAGAAGCGGUUCGUGAUAAAAUGGAUUACUGUCGCUCUGCCUGCUGGGAAACAAUCAGUUAGACGCGUGCGAGCGGGAGAAUGAAGCUAAUAAUCGAUGAGAAUUGAGCAUUGAUCAAACCAGCCGUUCUGUCCGCAUGCUGCCCACCGCGGGACGCUGUUCUCCUCUCAGUCUUUGAUGCGCUUCGGUUCUGGUUCUGGUCCCUGCGGGUCUCCACGCGCUCAGAGCUGAAGAGAAGAGACGCGGAUGUUCGCCGCGCCGCCGCGCAUGGAGCGCACCGGGCGGCCGCCGCCGCCGCGGCUGCUGCUCCUGCUGCUGCUCGGCCUGCUGCUCCGACUCUGCUGCGCCGUCACCGACGACCGCCUCAUCUCCGACCGGUACGCCGUCUACUGGAACAGCUCCAACCCCAGGUUCUUUCGGGGCGAGUACACAGUGGAGGUGGCCAUCAACGACUACCUGGACAUCUACUGCCCGCACUACGAGGAGGCGGAGUCGGCGGAGCACAUGGAGCACUACGUGUUGUACAUGGUGAACUACGACGGCUACACGACCUGCGACCACCACAGGAAGGGCUUCAAACGCUGGGAGUGUAACCGGCCGCAGAGCCCCAACGGACCGCUCAAGUUCUCCGAGAAGUUCCAGCUCUUCACGCCCUUCAGCCUGGGCUUCGAGUUCCGGCCCGGACACGAGUACUACUACAUCUCGUCUCCACAUCCAAACCUGGCCGGGAAACCUUGUCUGAAACUCAAAAUCUACGUCAAACCAACCAAUGACUCGGUGUACGAGUCUCCGGAGCCAUUCCUGACGGACGACACCACCGGCGGCUGCAGCCUCGCCCUGCCCCGCCUCUCCCUGCUGUCCGCCGCGUUGCUCAGCCUCCUCUUCGUCCUCCUCCUCGCCUCCUCGUAGCACCUCCUUCUCUUCGCUCUGAGGAGAGACGAGCAGCGUGAGGCCGAAAACACAUCCGGGUCCCGCCCCCUGACCUUCACCUGAACGACUCCGCAGCGCAGCCAAUCAGAGGAGGCCGAGGUCGCUGGUGGGAGGAGCCUGUUUGUGUACGGCUGGGAUCAUCUGGGCUCCGUGAUCCACGCCGGGGACUCGCCGAGACUCCACUGACUCCCACGUCAAACCGACUCACUGAAUUUGACCCCAGGUUUCACACAAAGUGCUGCCACACAUUCAGUUCUUUAAAUUCUGCUGCCUGAAUGAGACCAGAGUUUCAGUUCAUCUUGUGUGUUCAACAGUGGAAAUCAGUGGCUGAAGAGAAAAGUGUUAAACAAAGAAGUCAGAAAUUUGAAAGCUUAAGUUUAUAUUGAAGCCCUGAAGUCCCAAAAAGCAAAAUUUGUUUUUAAAUAAAGUAUUGAGUUAUCUUCUACCCAGCAGCUUGUACAACACGCUGCAGUUCACGAGCUUUAAAAAUAAAGACCAAUUUAAGACCAAUUUGUCCUCUUAAAUAAUCCUAAAUUAGAGUCUAAAUUCUGUCUAAAACUGAAAACCGAUUUGAUCUUUUUGUACAAGACCUCUUGUCAUGUUGCAAAGCGAUUAUUGAAAUCAAAAGGCCAAUUGGUCAGGUGAGAACCGGAAGUGCUAACAGCGAGCUAACCAGCUAACGGAGUGAAGCGGAGCAGCUGAAACGGAAACAUGGCGGUCAGUGGAGUCCAGCUGCAGCCUGUGGACAGAAACACUUCUUCAUCACACGGUUCACCAGCAGCACUUCGCCCCAAACGUCCGUCUGAUCUUUCAAUGAUGAUUACAGUCACAGAAAUCAGCCCGACGUGAAGCUACGAGACAAACCGCAGGCCCCCGAACCUCCACUCUCCGCGAUGGACGAACGCACCCGUCGCUGCGCCGUCGCUCGUCUGAUUUUCAAACUGAUGACACGUGACUGCUGGAGAAGCCGUCAGUUUGGGAGAACAGACCAAAGAGCUGCUGAGUCAUAAAUUGUUGUAAACAACGCUCGCACGUGACCUAAGCUGUCUGUGAUUGGCCGACUGUCCAGUGGUUGUCUUUAAUUUCUUCUGUGAUUUGACAGGAAGACGUCGAGUCUCAUUUCUGUGACUGUGACCGUCAUGAGCGUUAAAUACAAAAAUCAGAUAAGAAACAAGCUGAGAUUCUCUCUCUCUCUCUCUCUCAUUGUGUCUGUUAGUCUCUCGCCCUCCUCCAGCCCCUCAGUCAGUCCACAUCUCAUUUCUGUAAAUCUGCCAAAGACUAUUGUUAAACUUUUCUAAUGGGGAGGGGCAUGCAGCAGCUGCAGGGGUCCGUGUGGCUCCGCCUACUUUUGCCACAGGGGGCGGGGUUAUUUUAAGGGGAGGAGUCAGUGUGGAUUUUUUUUUUUUUAUUGUGACGUGAAAAUAGAAACGAAUGUUACGCAAAACAAAUGAACCAAUCAAAAAUGGCCUUUUUCCCACUGGUGCUGAAUUUUUAGUGACUUCUUUUCUGGGGAAACAGCAACACCGUGAGACGCCGAGAAGACUUUUUCCCCCCAGUUCAUCUCUUCAUACCAUCCCUCCAUCUCUGCUGAUGGAGGGUGGAGGGCGAGCGUGUCCUCGUGUGUGGCUGAGCAGGGGCAUGCUGGGAAAUGCAGUAUAUGUAAAGAACGCACUGUGAUGGAGGACCGACUGUAGCACUUGGACUCCUGUUGGAGAGCGACGGAAACACGCUGACGUUUCCUCGCAGAACGAAAAUUCAAGUUUUAUUUUAUGUUGGUGCCAUUUUUUCUGUUUUAAUAAAAGCUAAAUUCAUAUGAGAUAUGAAUUCAUCAGCAGAGAUAUGAAGGAAUCAGUCAGGUGUUUGUUGUUGUUGUUCCUGUUGUUGUUGUUUUUCUCCUUUUUGUUCCUGCUUGCGUCACAAUGCAUUCUGGUCCUUGUAGUCCUGUGCUUUCUGGUUCUGUUGAUAGAUAUUGAUUAGGUGGGUUUUCCAGUUCAUCCUUUUCUUCGUUGAUUUUCGUGUGGAUGAAAUCCGUUUUUGUGGUGUGCGAAAUGUUGGAGAAGCUGACGAAAGGAAAAACUACAGAAAAAAAGUUCUGAUGGUGGUUUUGUGAGUGGGAGUGAGACCUCCCUGCUGUCUAUGGUUUACAGUCUCUGAAGCUGAUCAUACUGAGAAGAAAAUGCUUUUCUACAUCCAAAUGUCUGCAUAUUCUGUUCUCUGAAAGACAAAAAAACCUGUUUUUGUAUAUUUUCUUAUUGGAUGCUUAUAAAGUCCUGUUAAGAAUGCAUUUAUCUGAUUGGCUGAAAAGCUAGCGUGGGGUCAGAGGUCAUCAGGCCUCUUCAGGUCAUUUUUUCUGUGCUGCAUGAGCAGGAAAAAUAAAAUUUAAAAGUACAAUUACUGAAUUUACUUUGAAGACAAUUUCAGAGAGAAAAUGUUAAGACGUGUAUGAAUCUGUGUUUGAUAAAUUCACCAAUAAAAAAUGUCCCAC